UGCUUAUUAUUGAGUGGACUUUUCACUUAUUCACCGAUCUUCAAUCGCUUUAAGAUGCUGUUUUUAUUUAGAUAAGUAAGUUCCAUUCAGUAGCUCGUGGAAUGUAAAUCUAAAAGUGUACACACAAGUGUUGACUGUCGAGAAUAAGUUGUAAAAGAAACGCAAUAUGAUUUUCCAUUUAGUUAUAGUGCAAUUGGUUUUAAUAUUUAUCGGGUCUGCCUUAAGUCAAGAAUUUCGCUUUAUUAGCGAAGCUCUACAGGGUGGCAGUCCAUGUCGCAAUGGAGUUUUGUUUAUGGAACGAUUUAUCGGAGGACCGCCUAGCAAGGAAAAUUAUUGGAAUGGAAGCAUUAACUUUGACUUGUAUAAAAAUCUACCGGAAGCCAGAAUAAGUUUGUUUCUCACUGCACCUGCCACUAUUUUCUUAGAUGAAGAGGAUGGUAGAGUACUAUCUGACAGUGACGCUUUCCAUAUUACGUUCUUGAAAAAGGAUGACGGCUCAUUCAACGGAAAAUUUCGUGUGCAAGGUCGGCCAAAGGGAGAUUUCCCUAAUGUAGCGGGAUUAACUUUGAACAAUGUUGACAUUUGCCCAAAUCUGACGGAGUGGAAGCCGACGAUCCUGGGCGCAGGAAACACAGGAUCAAUUGAUCUAGCAAAUCGUGACGAUGAAACUGAUCCAGUUUCGUUAAGUCCAUGUGGUCAGCGCAAGGUUCAACAUCAAGGACUAAUUACUAAUGGCUUUCCAUCUGAAGAAGGCGACUGGCCCUGGCAUGCCGCUAUAUAUCACGUGGAUUCUAUUAUAUUUAGUUACAAAUGUGGGGGAACGUUGGUAUCAUCAAGGGCUGUAAUUACUGCUGGUCAUUGCGUUGUGGACAACAACAACAUUAUUGUACCGGAACGCGUUCUCGUGAGAUUGGGACAACACAAUCGUUUAGUUACUAAUUCUAACACAAAAGAGUAUCGAGUUUAUAAAAUAAUUCCACAUGAAGAAUUCGAUACUACAAAUCUACGAAAUGACAUAGCCAUUUUGAAACUUGCGACUGAGGUCUCCUUCACAAAUUAUAUUCAACCUGCUUGUCUUUGGGACAAAUCAUCCACCGAUUUGAAUGAAGUAGUUAAGGAAGCUGGUUACGUAGUAGGAUGGGGUUUUAACGAACAGGACGAAUUAUCUGAUAUUUUAUCACAAGGCAGGAUGCCAGUAGUGUCAUUCACUACUUGCUUAAGCAGCAAUCGACCAUUUUUCGGACAUUAUCUGUCAGAUAUGAACUAUUGCGCGGGAUUUAGGAACGGGACGAGCGUAUGUAACGGUGAUAGUGGCGGUGGCAUGUUCUUCAAAGUAAAUAACAUUUUUAGGCUGAGGGGAAUAGUAUCGCUAGCUGUAACUAGGGAAGACAAAAAUAUUUGUAACUCCAAACAUUAUGUAAUUUUCACAGAUUCUGCUAAAUAUUUGAAUUGGAUUGAAACUCAUUUGCUUGACUGAUUUAGAAUAUUGUAAGUUAAACAUUUUUAUAAGAAAUAUACACUUAAGGAUAGAGACUAAUAAAGGUGGAAAAAAC